AUGCAAUUCGACGCUUACCUACCAAACUUCCAAAACAUUGUUGAACAGUCUGCCAUUGCACCGAAAGCCUCGGUGCGAUCAGACGGCACCCAACCACCAUUUACAUUUGACCUUAACGUUGGUCUUCCGCUUUGGUUCACCAGUCUUCGCUGCCGUGAACCGCGUACCCGACGUGCGGCCCUGGCUCUACUUCGUCAAGCGCCCUUGGUGCAAGGGUUUUACCAAUGCUCAAUGUGGGCAGCCGUAGGCGAAACGAUAAUGGAGCUAGAAGAAUCGUACGCAAUGGCAAAAAAAGUAGCCUAUCAUUCACCCAAUUCCGGUACACUGGAUCUCAAAGAUGGACCAAUUCCUAGCUUCGAACUUGCCGCAAGCUCGUACUCUGCUCUUGCGGAUAUGGGAUCGACAACACCAACAGCACUGUUUAUCCCAGAGGAGGUGCGCAUCGGACCCAUUGCUGCUUUUCGGCCAAUAGAUGGCUUCCCCUCUGGAACCACAGAGGCAGACAUCGCAAAGUGGAACCGGGGCCCAGACCAAGUCUUUCUACGGUAUUCCCGGAGCGAGCGCGGCAUGGGUGGCAAUUCUUAUCGGGUUGUGUACGAAUACGUCCCUUUUGACUUCUGA